UCUCUCGCGCUCACACACGUACUCUCGGAGGAAAGCAAACCAAGAUUCUCUCAUGGCGUUCUCAUAUUGGUAUUCUCGUUUCAGUUCUUCUUCAAGGAACAUUUACAGGAUCAUCCAGAGCUCAUCCGUCCAUCAUUUUCGCAAUCAGAGUACUUACACCGUGGAAGCUUUGAACUCCGGGGGUACUAAACCAGUGCGGUCAUGGUCAAGCUCUCUUAUUCCCCUCGCCAUCGCGCUCUCUGCUGGAUCAAUUGUCUUUGACAUUGAGAGAAAUCCUUCGAUGUGCGAUGCCGCCGUUGUUGAUGAUUACCGUGGUGGCACCGUUGGGGGCAAAGAUAGCACGAACCCUAUUGUUAAAGGUUCUCUCAAGGAUGUCCCGCAAGAGCUUAUUGACGAAUUGAGUACCAUUUGUGGAGGAAAUAUGACGCUGGAUUAUGAUGAGAGAUACUUUCAUGGGAAGCCACAGAACAGUUUCCACAAAGCAGUAAAUAUCCCUGACAUUGUUGUUUUCCCAAGGUCUGAAGAUGAAGUCUCUAAGAUUGUCAGAUCUUGUAAUAACCAUAGGGUUCCAAUUGUACCAUAUGGUGGAGCUACAUCGAUUGAGGGUCACACUUUGUCUCCACAUGGGGGUGUUUGCAUUGACAUGUCAUUGAUGAAAAAUGUUAAAGCACUGCAUGUUGAAGAUAUGGAUGUGGUUGUUGAGCCGGGGAUUGGAUGGAUGGAGCUUAAUGAAUACCUGGAACCUUAUGGCCUUUUCUUUCCACUUGAUCCAGGUCCUGGUGCAUCCAUUGGGGGAAUGUGUGCUACACGUUGCUCUGGGACAUUAGCUGUAAGGUAUGGAACCAUGCGUGAUAAUGUCAUCAACCUCAAGGUUGUUCUGGCAAAUGGGGAUGUAGUCAAGACUGGUUCUCGUGCCAGAAAGAGUGCUGCAGGAUAUGAUUUGACAAGGCUGAUAAUUGGAAGUGAAGGAACCUUGGGAGUAAUAACAGAAGUUACUUUACGGCUUCAAAAAAUUCCCCAGUACUCAGUGGUCGCAAUGUGCAACUUUCCAACAAUUAAGGAUGCAGCUGAUGUUGCUAUUGCCACUAUGCUGUCUGGGAUCCAGGUGUCAAGAGUAGAGCUGUUGGAUGAGGUUCAAGUAAAGGCUAUCAACAUUGCGAAUGGGAAAAAUUUGCCUGAAGUUCCAACAUUGAUGUUUGAAUUUAUAGGGACAGAAGCAUACUCACGUGAGCAGACAUUAAUGGUUCAGAAGAUUGCUUCUGAGCACAAUGGUUCUGAUUUUGUCUUUGCAGAAGAUCCUGAAGCUAAAAAGGAACUUUGGAAGAUAAGGAAAGAAGCACUUUGGGCUUGUUUCGCAAUGGAGCCUGGUUUUGAAGCAAUGAUUUCGGAUGUAUGUGUUCCUUUGUCACGGCUUGCAGAAUUGAUUUCAAGAUCUAAGGAGGAGCUUGAUGCAUCACCAUUGGUGUGUGUGGUUGUUGCUCAUGCUGGUGAUGGGAACUUCCAUACAUUGAUCCUUUUUGACCCCAACAAUGAAGAACACAAGCGAGAAGCAGAGAGACUGAACCAUUUCAUGGUCCAUACAGCCUUAUCAAUGGAAGGAACAUGUACAGGGGAACAUGGUGUUGGCACUGGGAAAAUGAAGUACCUUGAAAAGGAACUCGGAAUAGAGGCCUUGAGGACAAUGAAAAGAAUAAAGACAGUCUUGGAUCCCAACAAUAUUAUGAAUCCAGGAAAACUGAUUCCUCCUCAUGUUUGUAUCUAAGCUAUGUCCCAUCUUCAGAUUGCAAAACUGUAUGUCCUAUAUUAGGUGAGAAGUCUGUAAAAAUUAAAGUCCUACUUCAUAUUGUGGAUGAUAAAAUCAUGAGAAGCAAUAUGAGCUUUAUCUGUUUUACUUCAAUUA